AUGGCCCAGGGUCGCGUCGUUAGCGCUCCUUCCGCGCCGCAACCAAGAGCUCCGAAUGCAGGAGAGACGGCCACAUCACUCCUUGCUGCUUCGUGGGGUAUUUCAGCGGUGGGCAACAUGGCACUGAUAUCCUCAAUAUUGGCGCUCCGGCAGGAUGCCCGCAUCCUUAAGAUCCCACCCUAUCUCUCCGCGCUCUGCAUUGUCGUUGGCAUAGCGUGGCUGUUGGUCUUACCUCUGAACGACUACUCGCGCAACACAUACGUCUCUGAGAAUGCUCUGUUGCCCGGACAAGUGCACACCUACUUCACAGGCAGCGAGCAUAAUGUCUUCCGUGCUUAUCGACAAGAGGUCCAUGGGAUGAUUGACCAGUCGGUGGAAGAGCGCUCUAAAAGACUAGGCGAUAUCUUUCGCUCGAACAAUCUCAAGGUCGCGACCCAGAAGUACUCGUACCACGUCUCCAACCGCACCAUCGCAAACGAGAACGUCUACGCAAUCCUCCAAGGACCUCGCGCUGACGCCACGGAAGCCAUUGUUCUGAUAGCAGCAUGGAAGAACAUGGACGAUGUGGUGAACAACUCUGGUGUGGCCCUCAUCUUGACCCUUGCCCGCUACUUCAAGCGUUGGAGUCUGUGGAGCAAAGACAUCAUCUUCCUGGUGUCUGGCGACAGCACUACAGGGCCUCAAGCUUGGGUAGAUGCCUACCACGACGCGCACGACGAGCGCUAUGUCGAGAGUCUGAAGAUCAAGAGCGGAGCACUGCAGGCCGCUGUUGCUGUUGACUAUUCCGCUGGUCCUUGGGGCCACCGCUACGACAAGCUGCACGUUCUGUACGAUGGUAUCAACGGUCAGCUACCCAACCUCGACCUGUUCAACACCGCCGUACAGAUCGCUUCUAGUCAGAUGAACAUCGGCUGUGCCAUCCAGCGCAUGUUCGACCACAGAGACUCAUACAAGGAGCGCCUGCAGACCAUGCUGCGCGGUAUGGUGUCUCAAGGCCUAGGCCACGCAACGGGACCUCACUCGUCAUUUAUCCCAUACCAUGUCGACGCCAUUACUCUCUCUACAGUCGGCGAUGGCUGGCAUGACGAGAUGUCGCUGGGCAAGACUAUUGAAUCGCUCUUUCGCAGUUUGAACAACCUCCUCGAGCAUCUGCACCAAAGCUUCUUCUUCUACCUCCUCAUCCAGGCAAACCGCUUCAUCAGCAUCGGUACCUACCUCCCUUCAGCGAUGUUGAUCGCUAUGAACUUUAGCAUAACCUCAAUUGCGCUUUGGGUUGCCAGUGGACGCUCGACCAAACUCAUCGCCAACCCAGCAGCCACGAAGCCCACCAAGAGCGACGCCACCAAACGAACAUCGAGCUCAGAAGAGCCCGACGAGUCCAAGCAACCGGAAAUGGAGCUUAUUGAACAAGAUGGCUACAAAGCGUUGGUCCCCAAGGCAGCCACAGCAGUGACAGAACGCCACCUCCUGUUUCCCAUCCUCUCCGUCCUAACAAUCCACUUCCUCGGCCUGAUUCCGCUCUACAUGUUCAAUACCUGGGACGCCGACAACCUAUCGCGGCUGCACCUCACAUUCGCAAACGCGACGACCCUGCUACCCCUCUUCCUCGCGUGGGUCAUCUCAGAGCUCCGCCCUCUCUCCACCCAGGAAGUCACACUCAUCCAAUGCUUCUCCCUGCUGCUGCUGGGCAUGAUCCUCGCCGCGCUCGCAACCCUCAACUUCAGCCAAUCCUUCCUGAUCGGCGUGCUCGCCACCCCGCUCUCCUUUGUGCGCAGGACGAACAAGAUGUGGUUGACAGCUGUGCAAUUGUUGGUCCUGGCAGUGCUGAAUCCCAUCAUGGUCGCGCAGUGGAGUGCGAAGCUGCUCGGUGCAAACUUGCACGACGUGCUUGUGCUGGCGGCAGAAGGCUGGCUUGUUUCGGGCCUGUGGACACAGGUUACAGUCUGGUUGGUUUGGCUUCCGGCGUGGCUUUUGGGCAGUGUGGUCGUUGCAGGCGGCAUGCUUGAGGAAUAA